GACAAUAGCCUGUAAAAGUUCACCAUUUUGAAGUGUAUUAGAAAGACUUUGUUUUAUCACUUAUGCACAGAUACAUAUUCCAUUAACUGAUAUAUCCUUCGUACCUCGCACUCGUUUAAAGCACGAUAUGAUUCUUAAUCAAGUUGUACUUAAGAACGGUCGGCAAAUUAUUCAAGGCGUUAAAAGUCCUAGUUGGUUUAAAGAUCUUAUCGGUUUUCAUCCAACAGAAUCACUACCACCUGACGUAAUGCAUGAUUUUGCUGAAGGUAGUACUUUAUGAAAAAGUAGGAAAUUUCCUAUGAAAAAGACGAACUUUCUCUGUAAAAACAACAAGAAACAGAAUAUAAGCCAUUUAAAUGACUUGAAGUCGGUAUCGAGAUUAUAUCUGGAUCGCAUAUUUUCUAUUAAUUUUUAUUAUCAUACGGCUUAAAUAAGAAAAUUUAAUGUUUCUUGUUUUAUUAUUGAGGUGUAUGCCCACUUGUUAUUAGUGUCUUAUUGAAAGAAGCCAUUCAACGUCGUCUUCUGACCUAUGCAGAAAUUGAACAAUUCACAUCACGUUUUGUUUAUGGAUUUUAUGAUUCGUCUAAUAAACCCCCUCCUAUUAGAAAGCAACAUCUAACACACUCGAAUAUUGUUGGUUCCGCGAGUCACAAAUUAUGUUUGUUUCAGUUAUUUCCAAUGAUAUUCCAUGAUUUUAUAGAUGAUCUUACUCUAUUUCCUAUUUACAUCAUAUUACGUGAGAUUAUCAGUUACAUCUAUGCCAAUCCGAUCAGAAAAUCAUGGUUACCGUAUUUAGAUGGAUUAUGUAAACAAUUUUAUUCUCUAAUGAUCGAGCUUUUACCUGACCAUGUAACUCCAAAAGUUCAUUUCGUCACUGAAUAUCCUCGUUCUAUUGAAAUGCAUGGACUUCCUAUAUUGAAUUCCUGCAUCCGUUUUGAAUCUAAACAUCUAUAUUUUAAGCAACUUGCUAUUCGGGCUUUUAACUUUAAAAAUCCUUUACUUACUCUUUCAAAACGUCAUCAGUUGCGUCAUUGUAUGUUGAACACGUCACCUUCAUAUUUUUAUUUCUCAUCGAUAACAAUUCGAUCGUCUAAAUCAAUCGAAUACUUUCAGCUUUCUCUUCCUGUUCGACGUUUAUUGAUCGAUAAUGUUAAAGAAACAGAUUUAAUAUGUGAAUGCAAGUCAAUUGAUUAUCAUCAUAUUAAUAUUAGACCAAAAUCUAUAAUGAUUCAUCACCUAAUACAUGCUGAAGAAGUUCCUGUAUUUUGUGAAGUUUAUUAUAUAUUAAACGUCGUCGGAAAAUGGUUUAUUAUUGCCAAAACAUUAGAUACAGUUUCCUUCAAUGAGAAACUAUGGUCUUAUGAAGUUGAAUAUACAGGAAAAUUGAUUAUAAUUGACAUAGAACAUUGUUUUAAUAUAUAUCCUCAUUGUCUCGAUAUGUAUGUUGUUGAACAAACAAAUUAUAUCAAUAUAUUAACUCGUGUAACUGAACAUUAAAAAAGUUUUUCCUUUUUGAUAUUCACCAAGAGGAAAGAAAAAAAAUUGUUUGAUUAGAUUGUCAUCUAGUGAUUUCUUUUGUUGUCAUGAAGCUAGUUUUUUUAAGCUAAACUAAAACAACUGUUUUUUCUGUUUUAGACGAAGAUAUUGAUGGUACAACAGUAGCUUUACUUCAACAAAAUGAUCUGAUUCAAAUAUUUCCUCGAAUAAAAGAUCGUGUAAAAUUUGUUGAUCAACGUACAAAAUUAAUUUUAGACUUUAAUGAACAACAAGUAAAUAAAGAUGCAACUACUGUUGAUGCAUCUGAUUCAGCAUCACGAUUAGUUCAAUCUUAUGAUCAAUCAGAAAAUAAUGAUUCGCCAAAUUCGUUAGAUGCAAAUGAAAAUAUAGGAACUAAUAAUCGUGCUUCAACAACAGAUCCUGAUUCUUCAUCACAUUUUCCUCUUAAUGAUGAUACAGAUAUUCAUAGUAACGCUGCAUUACCAGAAGAUUAUAAAGGACCAAAUUUGACUAUCAAAAUGAAUGAGUAUAUUGAACAGAAUAAUAUCUCAAAGUUUAAUCCGCACACAAAGAUGCGAAGUGAAUUAUUAUCAUUACUUUUUGAUGAUGUAACAAAAUCUCACCAACUACUUUAUCCGACUAAUGAUGAAUAUCUGACAAUGGCUAAAUGUUUGGUAAAGAAACUUCGUAUUCCUCCAUCACUAUUCCAUGAUUCAGUCAAAGACUGGCACGAGUCGAUAAAGCAAAAAUUUAAGCGUGAACGUAGACCUUUACAAAUUAGUAAUAAUCUUGUAAGAAGUAAACAAGAUAGAUAUGGUAAUGGUAAAACGAAUGGAAGACCGAAAAGAAAAAGUACAUUUUUACAAGCAGAACGUCGUAUUAUUGAUAUACCAUUGAUUAAUUUAGCUGAUCGACAAAAUGAAAAUUUAUUGGUCAUAGUCAAUCAGAUGAAAAUGGAAUUACUUAAAGAUGAUUCUAACAAUGAUCUGCUUCAUGAUCUUUGGAAACAAUCAUUUAAUAUUCGUCGUCUAUGUAUUCGUGAAUUAGAAAUAGAUGAAAUACUUGAACGUUUUCCAGGUUAUCGCCAUUCAGAAUUGAUAAGCAUUAUCGACUAUGUUUUACCUAUUCGAAUUGUUCGUACUCUGUGUAAACUAUUUGGUGAUUCAGUUGGUAAUGUUUUUACAUAUGAGGAAGUACUCUCACCUUACCCAUGUAUGAAAAUUCUCGAUGAUAAAUUCGAGCUUUACCUUGAUUUUCACUUAGUAACAGAAACAAAGUCUUGUUCAAUAGCUCUCGCACUCCUUUUAUCAUUAUAUUAUGUUUUUGAAAUUCAAUUCGGUCAUCACAACCGAUGUUGUCGUCUUCUUUAUGGAGUUUUAUUUGAAGAUUCACAUUAUCUCAAUAAAGCGCUUAAAAACUUGAUCAACAGUUGGAAAUACAAAAUUGUUAAUCGACCACUUUUGAGACGACAAGCAGCAGUUACGAAUCUGGUAGACAGUUUAACUCAGCCUUCGACCAUGAAUGAACAUACUUCAUCGCCAUCCAAUAUUUAUAAUGAAAUUGCAGAUGUAUUACCUGAACAAUUUGAUCCUAAUCAAUAUAGUUCAUCUCAUCUCUAUGUGACCACUUCAACAAAUAUUGAUGAAGAAAAUAUUAAUGAACUCGAAGAAGAAGAUAAACCUGAUCAAUCAUCAGUUGCCGAUGGAGAUGAUUUUCAUCAAUCUUCAACUACUACUCGUCCUGUUCUUGCUUCUCAAUCAAAUUUACCAAUGAUGAUUCAGAGUGCAUCAGCUGCUCCAUUUAAAGUUCAAGAUUCUUCCUUCAAUUUAAACUCGAAAGAAACUCACCAGACUACUGCACCUCAGACAUUAAUUUUAACUCCAGAUUGCGAAAAUGAAACCGGUCAUGCUGAAAAACAUGAUAAAUCUUAUUCAACUGCUACCAGAAAACGUAAAAUAACUAAACGUUCAUCUUCAUCUGUCUCAGCUUUGAAAUCGUCUACACGCAUUCAAUCUAAGCGUAUUCGUCUAUAUUGA